CCGGAGGAGAAGCGGGAGGAGCCGGAGCCAGUGGCGGAGGAGGGAAAAGCGAAAGGAAACAGGGGCCGGGGCCGCCCUGUUCCCUGCUCCCCGUUCCCCGCAUCCUAGGGCCAGGAUGGAAGCCCCCAACCCUGCCUUUCCGAGGAGGAGGCGGCCGCUGCUCCUCCUUCUCCUCCUUCUCCAGCUGCUGCUGCUCGGGCGGCAGGCGGUGGCGCGGGAGGUGCUAGUGCCCCGUGGGCCGCUGUAUCGGGUGGAGGGCACGGCGGUGACUGUGGGCUGCAGCGUCCGAGGCUUCGAGGGCCCCGCGCAACAGGACUUCGAGUGGUUCUUGUACCGGCCUGAGGCACCGGACACGGCCCUGGGUGUGGUCAGCACCCGCGACCCCCGUUUCCCCUACGCCCUGUUUGCUGCCCGCGUGGCAGCCGGAGAGGUCACCGUGCGCCGGCUCCGGGGCGACGCCGCCCAGCUCAGCAUCGGGCGCCUCAGGGCCCAGGACGCCGGGGUCUACGAGUGCUACACGCCGUCCACCGACGCCGCCUACCUGGGCAGCUACAGCGGCAAGGUGGAGCUCAGAGUCCUUCCGGACCUGCUGCAGGUGUCAGCUGACCCUGGGCCGGGUCCGUCCUGGCCCCGUGGCCGCCAGAGCCCGGCGAUGCCCCCGCCGCUUACGGUGCCCGAGGGGCAGGAGCUGGUCCUGGGCUGCGCGGCAAAGGCUGGGGGCGGCUUGGGGCCGGGGCCAGGAGUGGGGGCUCAGCACACCCACCUGUCCGUGUCCUUUGGACGGACGCCACCCGGGGAGCCGGUGGGUCCGGGUCCAGGUGAGAAGGUGGCGGGGCUGCAGGCUGACCUGUCGGUGGAGGCCGGGCCGGCCUACGGUGCGCGGCUGGCGGCGGGUGAGCUGCAGCUGGGCCGGGCGAGUGGAGGGGGCUAUCGCCUGGCACUGGGGCGCGCCCGCCCAGCCGACGCGGGCACCUACCACUGCACCGCUGCCCAGUGGAUCCAGGACCCUGGCGGCGGCGGAAACUGGACCCGCAUCGCCGAGAAGCGGGCCGUGCUGGCCCACGUCGAGGUGCCCGCCCUGGCGACGCAGCUGUCGCUGACCGUGGGUCCCGGGGAGAAGCGACUGGCGGCAGGGGAAGCCCUGGAGCUGAACUGUAACCUGUCCGCGGCCCAGGCCCCGCUGCCUCCCGGCCCAAAUGUUGCCUUGUCGGUGGGCUGGGAGAUGGCCCCCGCCGGGGCUCCGGGGCCCGGCCACCUGGUGACGCAGCUGGACACGGACGGCGUGGUGAGCCCGGGCCCCGGCUACAGCGGCCGGCGAGGGGGGCUGGAUAAGGUGGCGGUCGGAGCCUACCGCCUGCGGCUGGAGGCCGCCCGGCCCGGGGAUGCGGGUGUCUACCGCUGCCUGGCGCGGGCCUACGUGCGGGAGCCCGGAGGGAGGCUCCGCCAGGCGGCCGAGGCCCGCUCCGCCCCUCUGCCCGUCCAUGUGCGAGAGGAAGGUGUGGUACUGGAGGUGGUGGCGUGGCUGGCAGGGGGCGCGGUGUAUCGGGGGGAGGUGGCCCCCCUGCUGUGUAAUGUGACGACUUCGGGGGGUCCCCCGGGCCUGCGGCUGGCCCUCAGCUGGUGGGCAGAGCGGCCGCGGGCUCGAGACGACAGGCUGGGCCCGGAGCUGGAGCCGGCGCGGCUGGUGGGCGGGCUGGACCGGGACGGUGUGGUGGAGCUGGGGGUCCGGCCGUCGGGCGGGGCGGUCAGCGUGGAGCGGCUGGGCCCCCGCACCCACCGCCUGCGCUUGCACGAGCUGAGGCCCGAAGACGAGGGCAUCUAUCACUGCUCCGCCGCCGCCUGGGCUCAGCUCCCCGACCGCAGCUGGUACCAGGCUGGGACCGCUCGCUCCGGACCCGUCACCGUCUAUCCCUACACCCGCCCCCUGGACACCCUGUUUGUUCCAUUGCUGGUGGGCACAGCCGCGGCCCUGGUCACGGGGGGCACUGUCCUUGGCUCCAUCACCUGCUGCUUCCUGAAGCGUCUGCGCAAACGCUGACCGACCUCUGCCGAGACCCCCUCCCAGCCUGCAGGGACCACUUCCACUUGCCAGAACAGAAGAGACCCGCACGUGGCCUGCCCUCACUCCCCUUUCCCCCCUUCCUAUUUAUUUGAUGCCUCUUGACUGAGCCAGCCCCCCUACUGCCCUCCCCCAGACCCUCUCCACCCCCUGGACAAGGGGUGAACUCCCUACCCCAUAGGAUUGUUUUUUCUAAAACGUAAAUAAAUUUGUUUUUUAGAA